AUGGUCAGAGGUUCGCUCAGCAAACUCCUCUCCCGCUCUCUCUCCGUCGCCGGAAAAUGGCAGAACCAACAGCUCCGCCGCCUCAACAUCCACGAGUACCAGGGUGCUGAAUUGAUGAGCAAAUACGGAGUUAACGUUCCCAGGGGUGUGACUGUUUCUUCAGUUGAAGAAACUAGAAAAGCCAUCAAGGAUGCAUUCCCCAAUCAAAGCGAGUUGGUGGUAAAGAGUCAAAUUUUAGCUGGUGGACGAGGCUUAGGAACUUUUAAAAGUGGCCUUAAGGGAGGAGUACACAUUGUUAAGACUGAACAGGUUGAAGACAUAGCUGGGAAGAUGCUUGGGUAG